UAUUUAUAUUUCAGCAGAGUGGAGGAGAGAGGCAGAAACAGGACACCUGGACGACAUCCCACAAUCCACUGCACUCACCUGAGGAUGGACAGAGACGGACACACAGCGCCUCGCAACAUACGGCUGGGGCUCUAAGGGGCACAUAAGUUUUAAAGCUAGUGCUUUCUGCACUCUGUGCCUGGCUCCACUCCAGGGGGCGCUGUGAUGAAGAUCCAUGAGAAGAUUCUGACGCACUACCUGUCCUGUACUUCACCUGUGGAUAAAGAGGGGUAUCUGUACAAAAAGAGAGAGCGGAACACCUCCUACCUGCGACGCUGGUUUGUUCUGAAGGGGAACCUGCUGUUCUAUCAGGAGCGUCCUGCUGACCGCAGUCUGCUGGGUGUCAUCAUUCUGGAGGGCUGCGCGGUACAGGCUGGAGAUCCAGACGGACUGUUCUCCUUCUCUAUAGUGUUCACUGGGCCGGGUCUGCGCACAUACAGACUGUGUGCUGAGGACCUCCUAAGCCAGGAGAGCUGGGUCAGUGCCCUACUGACUGCCAGCCACGUCUACACCUCCCUGUUGGUCAAACACCUAGAGAGGCUUUACGAAGAAGCUAAACAGGAGAAAGACCUUGGUGACCCCUCCCACUCCUCCACCGUCAUUGGUUCAUGCUUUAAGGCCUCCAGCACUGCCAUGGCCUCCUUUAACACCGGCCCACCCUUCUUCAUCCAGAGACCCCCAGCUUUUCCCAGAGAGAGGAGAAGCUACAGUGCGAGCGCCGCGCUGCAGACCCCCGCCGUCCCAGCCCCCCUCAAAACUGCUAACAAGAGAUCCCCCAAACUCUGGCCAAAGAGGAAUGCCCACGUUACGCCUCUGAAUGGCCCAGCCCCACCCCACGGAGAGUGGCCUUUAGUCUGCUUUGAUCCAUUAGAGGAGUUCAGUAAACUGCAUGAGUAUUAUGGAAAUGAAGUGAAGCAGCUGAGAGCUGAUUGGCUGAGGAGCAAAUGGGAGAAAGAGGGACAUGUUGAAGAGGAUCUGAUUGAUUUGGGCUAAAAGAGCCAGAUAAAUAGAAAAUAAUGUCUCAUUAUUUCACAAUAUGUGCUGCCUUAUUUGCUUUGAAAGGAAAGUUUGACAACCCCCUCAAAGUUACACCCCCAUGUACACCUCAAUGUAGUCAAUCGAACAUCCUAACUACACUAAACCUCCUAUAUCCUAUAUACUGUCCUAACUUUAGGAUGAACCCCAAUAGGGUCCUAACUUCUGCUCUAAUGAAAAGCGAAUCACUCUUAGGCGACUGUGGCAUGAAGGCCCAGCCAGAGUAGCUUUUAAUAGUAUAUAUCUGAAAUGCUCAAAAAAACAGAGCAGUGAUUAGUUAGUUCUAUUUGAUCUGUAUUAAAUUGAAAACAGUAAAGAAACACAA